UGAGCAAGUGGGAGAGAAGGGCCUUGGUCAGGGAGGUGACCAAGAACCCGAUGGUCACUCUGACAGAGCUCCAGUGUUCCUCUGAGGAGAUGUGGAAUGAAUACUUUCCGGAUGCACUGUAUACUGGUAUGGUCUGGCGGUCACAUGACCCCCAAAAGUGCGCCACCUUGCACAAUUUACUAAGGGAUCAGCAAGUGCUCGGGUUUGACUUGUAAGAUGGCAGCAGGAAAGUGGGUGUAUUUAUGUGUGGCAUGUAGUUGUCAAGUGUGCACCCUCAAACAUCUACAGCAGGGAAAAAAGAGUCCGGGAAUGGUUGGUUGGAGUGCAGGACUGGAGGACACAGGUGCGGGAAAACAGGUAAAGAGUUUGACAAAGCUUGGCUCUGCGGGGAUCCAGUGCACUCCAUGCGCUCUUCCGGCGCUGGCACUCUCAGGCCACGAGCGAGAGACCCGCGCCAGUUGGGGAAUGAUGGGGCAUUGAACGGUGCUCCAUCACAUUGUCGAAAACUUUAGUUCAGUCAGGAUCACUUUAGUCAAAAUUGAUUAUUUAUUACAAGCAAACAUUUCUACAUUGGCGGUAUGGCUCUGUUCUGAGGGUUCCCUGCCCUUCCAUGCGCUUACACGGAAUGCCAUGGCUAUAUGAGGGGAGAGCCCUUUCAUGUGCAUACAUGAAGAGCCAGGCAUAGAAAGCAGCAGCAAAUAAAUACGAUUAAGAUAAACAAAUAAAGAUCCCUGCCCGGAACAGAGCAAGCAUCAGUGACAAUACAUAUCACACUGGUAAGAUCAGACACAACAUAAACAGGAGGAGCUGAGGUGGAGGUGGGUUGCAGAGUGGUUGCAGCAGGCAGAGUAGGCAGGAGAAGCAGUUUAAAUAGGGUGCCAUUUUGACAUUAGCCAAUAGGAUGUGAAGAGGGUGAUCAGCUGAGCUGUCAGCUGACUGCAGGCUGGCUUAAGAUCAGCUGACUGUAGCCUUUAGCUUGACUCCAUGACCUGCCUGAACUACCGCUAUGCUUCAUUUCUUCAGUAACUCUCAUUACAAAUAUGCAGCUUGUAAUACUCAAAGCAUCGCAAAGUACACCUGUCACCACACAGAUCUGGACAUGUCCUGUUAGCCCCCACCUACCUAAAAAUAUACUGUCCACUAAUUCAAAGUAGCAGUAUGAAUAUCAGAAUUUUAUUCCGGUUUUUGCAAGGUGAUUUGCACAAACCAUUACUUAAGUCAAGUUAUUGAUACAAUUAUUUUGUCUGUAUUACAAAAUCUUAACUUCAACACAAAUACUUGAAACGUUUUAGCAUAAAGGGCCUGUGUCCACUGACAGCAUUUAUCACCCAGAACCUAAAUAUAAGGGUACUUCUUACUUGCGAGUUUAACAAGCUGUCCAAAAAAAUCUGUAUGCUUCAGUAUUUGCUAAUAUUUAAAGAACGCAAUAGAUAGCUGAUCGCAAUCAUGUCAUAGCAUCAGAAGCAUGUCUAGACCUGAAUGGACAAGUUUGGUUAUUCUGGGUUUCAGUAUGUCAAGACAAUGGAUAGAAACUUGGCAGAAGGUAGCUGGAGUCAUGGAGGAGAGACUAAUUUUGUAUGAAAACAAAUGUAUUUUCCAACUCUCUGCCCAUUUCUUCACUGUAAAAAAAUCUUUUUCAUAAAUAUAUGGAUUUUUUCCCCUGUUUAUUUUUUCUUUUUACACAUGUUUACAUAAUUCUCUUUAAUGGUAGUUUUAACUAGACUAUUGCUCACGGAUAUUGUGCCACAGUAAGUAAAAACAUUCUCACAGGAUUACUGCAAAGUAAAUUAUUAUCAUUACUGCUUUAAAUCAUUUUUCUUGUGCUUUAUAAUUACAAUAAAGCAACAAGUCACACAGUCCAAUUAUGUGUUUAAAUAAUAUGUUUUUGUAUUAUGACGGAUGUUUGCAGCACAGAGGAAUUUGCUGUAUUGGAAAAACCAUGGGAUUUUGUUAACAAUGCCAAAAUGUAACAGUAGACUUAUUCUCUGGGCAUAAAGGAUACAGCUGAGUGUUUUCACAUUGUGGUUUUAUUAGUUUUAUUGUAGUUAAAGGGAUUACUUACACUGCUUGUUCUACAUAUAAUGAAUGCAAUUGUUGAGAACAUUUAUGUUUCACAAGUCACCUCUGCGAAUACAUCCUUAUGUGUUACAGAGCACAACAGAUCGUAUCUCACACUUAUCAAGCAUGAUGUCAGUGCUGUAUAGCUUCACAUCUUCACACUCACUAAUCUCAUUGUAUCCCAUAAAGCUGCUUUGAUACUAACAGAUACUUACAUGUGUGUCGAGUCAGGGAAAUCACUGCAGGCCCUGUAAUUUUGGGUCCAAACCCACAGCGGAUGACAUAGUAAGUUAUAAUGAGUGUUUGUGGCCCUGGGCCCAGUGUGUAAGAGUGUCUAUGUGUUUACGGUUGUAGGAGUAAAUUUUGUGAAGCCAGGUGGGUGCGUCUUAACCCAUUUCUUUGCCACAUUGUUGCUGAAAAGCCUUAAAAGUGUGUGACUGUGGCUUUCAAGUGUGGCCAUCCACACUGACAGGACAAACGUGUUUUUAAGUUAAGAUACUGACUCAAAUAUGAUGGCUAAAGGGAGGGAGAGGAGGAGAGGAGGAGGGGGAUGCCAUGUCAGUGCACAGCGGGGGAACUGGCAGAGACAGUGGAGUGAUUUGGGCUCCAGUCGAGGGUGAAGUAGAGUGGGACCAGAAAUCCCCUGGGAGAGAGAGAGAGACACGAGGUCAGGUAGGAGGACUAUAAAAGCACUCCUUCUUUUAGCGCAACAUGCACUUAAUGUCAAUCUGGGGACAGCUGCAGGUUUGGGAUGCUCAUAAGUCAGCUCCUUCUGUCUGAAACUAGUUUGGAUGAAAAGGAAAAUGUGUGACCAAGUGUGCUAAGGUAAGAGCAAUGUUAAUUAACAUUAUUACUAUUACUAUUUUUUUUAACAUGUCAUUUUGCUCUACCAGUUCUCUGUUAUUUGUGCAUCCAAUUUUUAACUAUGGAAUGAAAUUGACAGUGGUGUUUAACAAAACAUUUGCACUUAUGUUAUGGGAUUGAUCUAUUAUGUUACAUAUUACAAUCUUUUUUGCUCAAAUACGUUUGGGCAAAAAAAAAGUUUUCAUACGCCUCUGCUCCUAAUUUUGAUAUUUUUCCUCUCAUGCACAGCAGUCUACCUCUCCUGUCUUUAUUCUCUGCUGUAUAAGAAAAUGUGUGAACAAGUGUGCUGAGGUAAGUGCAAAUUAUCAAUCUUGCACAUGUGCUCUGUUGCACAUUUGGUUCUCUAGUUUAAGCAGACCCAGAUACAGGAUUACAGUAUUUAAGUAUUUAAGAAACGAAGAAAUAACUUUGAAUUUUCAUAUAAGAAUGCAGUUUGUUUAACACUGAUAUACAUUUACUCAUGAUUUUCAGCUCCUGAGGCCUUUUAGAAGUUAUAUUUCUUGUCUUAUUGUCUCUCAUUCACACAGAUACAAUCUGAAGGGACGCAGGGAUCAACCAGUCAAAACGAUGUUGAAGUUCAAUGAAAGUUUUGUCUGUGUCCUCCUCCUCCUCUGUUGCAUCUGCUUGACCGAGUGUCGGGUGCUGAAAUUCGUUGUGGCUGUAAGUCUGCCAUGUUUUUUUCUUCCUUUCCUGUGCUUGUCUGACAUUUGACCAUUUUCUUAAAAGCUGUCCACCAGAAGUGUAAUCACAGAUAAGAUAUUUGUGCAUUACUGACAGGUCUAUUAGUUGAACCCUGGAGUUUGAGCAUCAUCCUGCAGCCACUUCACAUCUCUAAAGAGUGACAUUACUGUACAUUGUUGCUGAUUACACUGUAUUUUUCUGCUCACUGAGCAUUACUAUAUUUACACAUUUAUGUCACAAAGGAUUACUCUGAGCCCAAACUCCAACAGUUUCCAGCAUAUCUUUCCCAGACACUGCAGCUUUGUUCAUAAACCUCUUUGCGUUUUUUUUAUAACACAUACUGCAGUGAUGGAAUGAAACAGACAGUUUGAGGAUUUUAGAGAAAAUCACAAGUGUUUUUUUUUUCUUAUCAUGACAUCAUUUUGCUUGAAUUUAUCAAUCUUUCUUUGACUGUGGGCUGAAACAAAUGCACUGCAGUAUUUUUGUUUUACAGUAUAAAUUAACCCAUCUGUUUACAAUUACUCUAAAGCUAAGAGCAGCUCUACUUCAUGUUAAUGGUCUGAAAUAAUUAGGCAGCAGAGUUUUUAUAAUCUGUGCUUAUUUAGAGUAACUGAGUUUAAACACUUUAAUAUGAGGAAUUAAUUUUUUCCUUAAAGGGGACCUGCCAUCAAAAAAUGUAAUUUUGUGUGUUUUGUGUCAGAUAAGGUCCAUAUUAUGUUCGUCUUAUGUUGUAAAUGUGAAAACAAACUAUUACGUCGUUUGCAUUCUGUAAAGGUUUUAAAAAAAGAAAAGGGUAAACCAGGCCAAUUGAAAAAGCAGGUCCCUCUGACGUCACGCUGACCUUGGUCAUUAUUAUUCACGAGCACGUCCUCGGUGAGCCGCGCCCACUCUCUCGUUCUCAUACUCAUUCACAGUCAACGUCACUCUCCAGAGUGAGACCCAGCUACCACUGUAUCUGCUAUGGGUCUCUUCCAAAUGACCGGUGUUUCCCUGGGUUCACUGCCGGGAGAAUGAACUUAAAGCUGGGCAGAAUGAAUGAGAAAACACCGCUGGAGAUCUCCGGCUUCUUCCUCAACUUCCACCUCCUCUUUGGACUCGGGGUCUAAAAUAUAUGGUUUAAUACCUGCCAUUUUUAGCCUUUAGCAUAAGGUGGCCAGACGUCCCCGAUUUCCGGGGACAGUCCCCGUAUUGGAUGACCUGUCCCCGGCAAAAGCUGUCCCCGAAAAUGUCCCCGAUUUAAGCGUUUCGUGAAUGAGUGCAAAAAUGUUGUGUGUGGGCUCGAACAACGGUUAUUACAGUAGCCGAAUAGGUAGGAAGCACAAGUAAGCAGUCCUGAACAACAGUUCUUACGGGGGUUAUUACAAGGGGCAUGCGCUGCUACUAAAUAGUACCGAGAUUUUGUCUGUGAUCACACAGCCCCUGCACCCUCCCCAUCGCCGCACCGAAUGUCCCCGGAUAUCAUUACAGACAUCUGGGCACCUUACUUUAGCACACAUUAGCAGAAUGGAUGAACCGAAAUCCGAACCUCCACUGCUGAGCCAAUCAGAGCACAGCAGGCUUCACAGCAGCGAUCCAAUCAGAGCAAAGCUCAUUACCAUAAAUGUUAAUGAGCCAAAAUCAGUUGGUUUUCCUGUAAGGUUUUUUAGGCAUACUAAAACAAACCAUCAAAUAACUUUUCAGCUAAAAUUAUGUUGCAAACAUGAUCAGAGGACAUCAAGGAUUAUGAAAAAAUGAUUGAAAUGGGUAUGAAAUUUUGAUGGCAGUGACCAUUGGAGUGGGAGAAUUACCUCUAAAAGCAAACCACAACUUUGUUGACCUGUCUUUGUGGGAUCCUGUGGUAUCACAAGGAUGAAUCAUGUGUGUCCAUAAUCCAGUUUAGAUAACCUGUGUGUCACAUCAUGACUCAGAGAGUCCUCAGGUUAAUAACACGCCUGCUUUUGUGUCUGAUGUCAUCAUCAAAGUGACUCUUUUGUGUCUCAAACCAACACUAAAUUGUCCAAGAUCACAGGUUUCUAUUUUUGGCUUGUGUGUCAAGCUGGAUUUCUUUCUCUGAAGUACACAGUGUAAUGGCUGUCACUCACAGCAGCAUGGCGUCCCAACUGAAUCCAUGUGAUAUAAUGUGUUUUGACUUUUAAGGUGUUCCGACAUGGUGAUCGAUCGCCGAUUGAGUCGUAUCCCCGUGACCCUCAUGGGGAGGAAGUGUGGGCUCAAGGUUUUGGACAACUGACUGAGGUAUGAGUAAGCAUGUUUGUGUGUGUGAGGGGGCAUCAUUAUUAUUUCUUGUGGCAGGAUUUAGCCAACAGUCUAGGGAAAUAUGAAAGGCUUACAAGUGUAUACAAAAUCCACCGAUUGAACAUUUUCCAGUAUAUACUGGUUCCCAACAGAAUGCACCAAGCAAGUUGGUAGCCUUUUUCCACAGAUCUCAAGUUAAGAGUUAGCUAAAACCAGAGAGGCAGGGUUAGAAAAACUGCUGCUGGCUAAAAUACUAAACUGAUUUAGUCAACAUUACAUUAAGGUCACCAAAACUGAAGUCCAAGUCAGUACUGAUGUCUCCAAACUUAUCCAGACUUAUUCAAGUCCAAGCCAAGUCACCAAAAAAGGAUCCAAGUCCAAGUUGAGUCCCCAUUACCUAAAGAUUUAUGAGGGGGGAUGCUGACUCAUUCCAAACUACUCCAUGUUUGAACCUGGACUGACAGUAAGAGCUGCUAGAUGAACAGAAAAGACAUUUCAUUCACGAACAUUUGAUUCUGACCGAUCCUGUCAGCUCAUCCAGAGUUUUCAAUUAUCAAUGAAGUUGCAGUGCUACUGUGUCUUGUGCGUUAAUGCUCACAGCACAUCUCGUCAUGGGGAGAUGCAAACAUUUUUUUUGUUUCUAUGGAAUCCCUGCGGUGGUCGACUAAAUCCAAAACUAUGGUAUGGUAUGGUCUGUAUUGUCAUUGCAACUGUGCACAACGAAAUUUGCAUUUACAGAUGGGGAAAGUACACACAAGAGGGAGGGAGAGGAGGAGGUUAAAAAAAAGAGACUGCUCUCAUUAAUAUGAGUACAGUGACAAAAAAACCCUAAAACUAUUUUACUAUUUCAUUUACUUUUCUGGGUGCACCCUACAUGGAUGUCUGUCAAAGUCCGAAGUUGUCCCUGUCCCCCUCUCGGCAGUUCUUUUACAUAUUGUAUUGCUCUUGCUUGUUUUAGAGAUAUUUGUGUGCUGUCUUUCUUGUAGGUAGUUGCUGAAAAGGACUCUUCUUCUUUAUCUCUUGAGUCCCAAUGCAGUCAGUGCUUGAGUCCAGGUGCAUGUCUGAGUCAUCACGGCCCAAGUCUAUACCAAAUAAUGAGUCCUUAAAAAACAGGACGUGAGUCAGACUUAAGUUUGGGUUUUGGACUCCAGUGCCUAAAUACUGGAUUCCAUUAAAUCUUCUAAGCUUCAUAAGUUAAAAAUAUUGGAUCCAGUUCUUCAAUAUAUCAAUGAUAUGCUACAGAUGGUUGUGUGGGGUUGUGGUACAUCAUCCAUCCACCCAUCUGUUCAUCCAUCCAUUUAUCUAUCUGUUCAUCCACCCAUCCAUCUGAACAUCCAUUCAUCCAUCUAUUCAUCCAAGCAUCCAUCCGACCGUCCAAAUUCACCCAUCCAUCCAUCCAUCCAUCCAUCCAUCCAUCCAUCCUUUCAUCCAGCCAUCCAUCUGGACAUCCAUUCAUCCAUCUAUUUAUCCAACCAUUCAUCUAUCUAUUCAUUCAAGCAUCCAUCCAUCUAUCCAUCCAUCCACCCUUUCACAAAUCCAUCCAUCCAUCCAUCCAUCUGUUCAUCGAGCCAUCCAUCUGAACAUCCAUCCAUCCAUCCUUUCACAAAUCCAUCCAUCCAUCCAUCCAUCCAUCCAUCCAUCCAUCCAUCCAUCCAUCUGUCCAUCCAUCCAUACAUUUAUCCAUCCAUCUGUCCAUCCAUCCAUCCAUCCAUGCAUCCAUCCUCUUACACUUGUGCAGGGUUUGGGUUCAGAAUUAUCAAUCUAAGCAGCACACGACUCCUUCCCUGCAACAAUUUUCAAGCUCCUCCUGCAGAAGCCAAAGACCAGAUGGGAUAUCUAAUCCCUCCAGUGAGAUCUGGGUAUUUCCUGUGGCCUCCUCCCAGCUAGGCCCACCAAGAACCCCUCUUAAGGGGGAGGUCCUGGAGGCAUCCUUAUCAAAUACUAGCAGCUCAACGGAAUCCCUUCAAUGGCUUUACGCCAAGCCUCCUCUGACUGUCCGGACUCCUGACUCGGUCUCUAUGGCCACACUUUGGAGGAAAUUUAUUUGGGCCACUUGCAUCUGCAGUUUUAUUCUUUACAUCACCACCUGUACUCAUCAUCACCAUAAUGAUAUGAGACAACAAUUCUUCUGACUUAGGGGCAUAGUGAUCCUAUGGAUGCACAACAGAUCAUGUUUGAAGGGUUUCUUACCUCAGGGACACCAUUCAGGGGCCAAUUCUGGAAUAAUAGUGACACAAAAGACUUCACAUCUGUGAGCACAGUAUCUGUAGAGUGGCAUCGGGGAUGACUGUAUAUUUCACUUUUGGCCUCUCAAAGUCUUAAGAGGUGGAAAAGAAACUUGAUGUAAACUUUUAAUUAAACUCCACCUACAGUGACAUUGUUCCGCUUGGAGGCAAUUAUCCGGUUUACAGUGACUACAUUUAUUAUUCCGGGUCUUAUGAGGCCUUGUAGACAGGUUGUUUUGUGUAAAUACAUGAAAUCUGACUUUGAAUCUGCCAUAUCUUUAGCUAAAGGUCAGAUUUGACAAAAAUUAACGGUGCUGCUGCAAUUUUCCUUCCAGCUGGGCAUGAAACAACAGUUUGAGCUGGGCCAGUUCCUGAGGAGGCGAUACGGGAACUUUCUCAGCGAGGACUACAAUAACAGAGAGGUUGGUGUAUUUGUACGAGGUUAAGGUGUCACCUUGUGUUGUCAGGCCUGCUGCAUGUGAGAUCUUGUUCACAAGUGGCGACACCUUCUUCUAUAAUGAUAACAUUUAACAUUAGACAUUAAGUUAAUGAACAUGACUCAUUUCAGUCAAAGCACUGACAUAUAGGCUAAUGUUGCCUCUAGGCUUCAUGUACAGUGUUGUUGGCAGCAUGCAUGUUAGUCCUGUGUGCCCUUGGGCCCCUGGGCUGCGUGCUCAGCAUACAGUCAUUAUGAAGAUGUGAUUUAGACUUUAUUCUCCUGUCUUACUCUCUUAUACAUUCACUGCCUUUUUGCCCUCCCUUUGGUCGGUCCUUUCCAUCCUUCCUUAAAUAACACGCAAUUACCCCAAAAAUAACAACUCUCUUCACUACCUGUCAAUGCUGAUUUGUCACCCAACUCUCCGUCAACUUAUCCCCUACCUUUCCCUGCGCUGCCAUGUCUGUUUUAAUUUGACAAAAGGGCUGCAGAGGAAAAAAAAAAAAAAGAGAAAAGCAUUCUCGGCAUCACAGGAACAUCCAACCUUAUCAGCGUGAUUUACUGUGUGCAAAAACCUGACACCGGGUGACGGAGAGAUAUAGACGAGCGAAGGCUGAUGUCAGAAGAGAUCACAGUGAGAAGGAUCUUUUUUUUUCUCCCCAUCCCUCUCUUCAACUAUUUGUAUCUUUUUCUGACUCCCCCUCCUCUCCAUGUGAAGGGAAUACCUCGGUUGACUUGAGAUAAAUACAGUCAGCUCAUGAUACUUAGUGUGCUGGCUGCAUUUAUUUUCCAUCUUUACUGGAUUAAAGAUAGAAAUAAAGAUGGAAAUAUAAUUCUUUAGGGUCUGGGAAUGUAUUUUCACUUUCUUUACAAAAGCCUGGAAGUCUGAUUUGAAAUAAUACAUCAUCUGUUACAUGUCUAACACAUUUUAAAACCAAGUUCUCUCCAUGCACCUUACAGUUGUAUGUCCGGAGCACAGACUACGACCGCACUCUGAUGAGCGCUCAGGCCUGCCUCGCCGGGAUGUUUCCCCCAACCAGGCGACUGCCUCCCAUCAUGCCCCAGUUAUUGUGGCGGCCUAUUCCAGUGCAUACCAUCCCCAGGGCCCAAGACAAGGUGUGCUGCAGAGCCACAUAAAUAUUUCCUCUCACACACAGCCGUUGAAGAGAAUUCGUGCAUGUUAACUUAAGUCUGUUUGCAGCUCUAUGUUUCUGAACCUGGCGUGAUCAGACUCCUGUGAAAUGAACAUACAGUUGCAUUUCCCCCCCCUCUGAAGAUCUGCGGUUGUUUUUAUGUUGUUUGAAGCUGCUGAGGUCUCCAGGCAAAGACUGUCCGAGGUUCAGAUCCCUGAUGACAGAAACCUUUGAAAGUCAGCCUUACCAGAGGUUCCUCAGGGCUCAUCAGGUGAGAAACCACAGAAGAAUUCAGACUCAGUGCUGUAACUCAUCCUCAAUGACGUGAGGGCUCUAAUCACUGCUUAGUUUGUGUUAAAUACCACUUUCCGAUGACUCACAUGUCUGUAAAACUUGUUUGUAACUCUUGUUUUUCAUGACGGGAUUACAGAAUUAGAAUUGCUGUGAUUGAUCCUGUUUUUGUUCACCUCAGCUGUUUCUUUUCAGCUAAUCCACCCCUCCAUUUGUCAAUUAACAAACACCGCUAAAAGCACAUUUCUCUGCAGAGUGAUAUAUACUUCACAGUUGCUGGUGCCAGUGCGAUCGGCACCUCCAGAGGACGUGUUAGUUCUGCCGUAGACAUCGUGCCCUCACAGUGAUUUUUUUCUCAGGCACAGUGACUACAGUGCCUCGAAAAAGCUGCACAGUGCAAUUUCUCUCACAUUCUCUGAGACGCUAAUUAAUGCUUGGAUUGAAUUAGAUUAAGAAUUACAAUGAAAACCUUUUAAUUAAACUGAGUCCCAUGUGUUGCAUAUUUAGGUGGAGUUGGAGAUCAGCACAGAGCCUCCUGGGUUGAAUUUGAACACCCUCUGCUGGAGGCAAAUCACCUGCAAGUCGCACAGGAGAAUCAAAAUGGGGCCUUAGUGAUAGGAUUUAAAACUAACCCCCAGCACAACCCUGAACCAUAAAAUCAACCACAUCUAGUCAGAAAGUCUGAAACCGAGGAGGAGUCAUUUUGUAUUUUCAAUGGUCAAAAUAACCAUACACCCAUGAUAUAUAUGACAGAUUUUAAAGAUUAAUCUGGUUGGUUCAAUUUUUUCAUCUAGUGACCAGGAAGGCUGCGCUUAGUACCGGCCACUUUGUCAGCAUUCAGAUAUUUAUGAAUUGUGAGUGGUAAAUUAUGAAUAAAAACCAUUUUUUUGCACAAUUUCCCCUUUCUGGACCUGUUAAAUAUCUUACAACCCUCUAGAUUUAACUAUUUAUAUCAUGAUCUAGCUUGAGAACCACAGCUUUGCAGAGGAAAAAACAGUAUAAACUAUAAACAGUAAAAAGUAUAGGUAAAACUAUUCACAUCAGAGAGCCGACUGUUACAUUUAAAGCGUUUUUGAGUACAUUAUGUGGAAUCUAGUUAUCUGAAAAAGAUCUCAGUAUCUGGGCAAGUUUUUUUUUGAAUCAGUUCUUCAGCUUUUAAUUCUUUUAAGAGGAGAUGUAACACAAUCUGGACUCUAAAUCCAGAUUAUAUAUGCAUUUAUCAAGUAUUCUUGGUACUUUUUCUAACAUGAUGCUCUAUUUUUUCUUCCUUAAAUUUGCAGUACUUUGUGGAGGGACUUUCAAAUCACACUGGCUACCCCGUCUCCAAACUGGUCGGCAAAAAGAUAUGGAGGGUCUACGACACACUUAACUGUCAGGUAUUCUCAGUGUUUCACUUUAAAGGGAUAGUUCAACUAUUUUCAUGUGGGGUUAUAUGAAAUACUUGUCAUUUGAAAUUACAUUACUCACAGGCAGUGAGAAAGCUUGAGGUACAUUUUUCUUUGAGUAUUAAUACUUUGCAUUAGUGUUAAUCUGUGGAAACUAUUGUGGAUAUGUGCAUAGUAUGCAGCAAAUCGAUGCACAGGAGGCAGGAUGAUAUCUGAAGAGUAGCCUGGGCAUCUCUAUUGUACAGAUGCAGAAAUCAUUACAGUUGACAGAGUCAUCGGAGGAAGCCCCAAGUUCUCCUCACACUCACUCUUAUGGUCCUUACACACCAGGAAAGACGCAAGUAUACGAUGUGAAAUUACGAAAUAUUCAGAGGCGAAUUUUGAUGCACCUGACCAUACGCAUCAAGUGCGAUGCAAUUUUGUGACUUUCCAGAGGGAAAAAAGACGCGUCCCGGGUGGGAGCAAGAAGACUGACACAACACCAGACUGACCGUCGGCCAUGUUGAAUAUGCCGAUGAAUCUGAUGUUGUAACAACACGCAAUGUGAUAGGUCAGAAGUGGACACACAGUACGCAAAACUUUAGAAAAAUCGGCUAAGAAACGAAAAAAUGAAUGCUGCAAUAUCGCAGGAUGGGAAAACGUCACUGAUGUGAACACUUGUAUUGACAGGAUACGGGUUCGAAAAAAAAAAUUGACAUCUGAAAUAAUCGCACGACAAAAAUGGUCCCGGUGUAAAAGGACCUUUAUGCUGCUUGGUGUGUGUGUGAACAUAAUAGGUGUGUGUUACAAAUGUGCACCCCUCAAGUGUGUGUGUUGCAAGUGUGAGUCUUUCUUGCCUGAUAACCCGAGUCCUGGGAGGUUAGCCAAGGACAUGUUACACUGUUCCAAAAUUCUACGGGACAUUAGUAUUUCUGGGAACUUCCUGGCAAACAUUGGGACCCCCUCAACUUUGGCAAUCUGAGGAAAGUUCAGGCUGACCUCUUAGUUGCUUACACGACCGCACAGUUGUUUACACGACUGAUCCUCCAAAAUAUCUCAGGCUGUUAUCAAUCACUUACGCAAGUGUCUAUAAUUUCUACAUCAAAACUUAUUAGACAUACAGUUUAUCGCUCUUUCCACUCCACAACAUGCCUACAAAGGCUCUCGUUCAUCUUCACUGUCUUCUAAAGUUAGCAGAUUAAUUAUCUUUUUUUUUUAAACUGAUUUGAAAGAUGCACUAAUGUGUACAAAGACAGUUCAGUGAAAGGUUUUGUCUACAUAUGUUGCUGUAUCUGUCAGUUGCAAGCAUUUGUGGUUGACUGUAGGGCCAUCACAAUAUACCAACAUUUGUGAUGACUGUCUUUACAAAAAAAAAAAAAAGAUAUAAUGCUCAAAUAAUCAUAUACAGUAAUACUGUGGGUGGUUCUUUAUGCUUGUUGCCAGACGUGAUCUAACAGAGGAAAAACAAGGGAGAAGUUGCAGACUGUGAGCUAGCUAGCUGAAGCAGCUCACAGGAGAUGAUUAGGUUGCUUUCAAACUGAUGUUCAAGAUUUGUUGUAGAUCCAAAAACAACAUUAGAGCUUUUUAACUGCACUUUUACACUUUGCUUGUUCUUUCAUCUGUUUUCAUUCAAUUUUGUAACUUGUGAUCUACCCUAAGUAGCACAAUGGAAAUGAAGCAACCAAAACCUGAGAUAGAAAAAAUAUUAAAAUGGAAACAUAAAAAAGGCAUUAAAUGAAGCAAAGUCUUCACGGAAGUAACAGGGUGUAUAAGUUGCGGUUACAAAGUAAUGUGUUGCUCCUCUCUUGUUUUGGCUUGAUUGAUUGUGUUGUUUUGUAUUUAGGUUUUCAUAAAUGGCGAUAAUAUUGUUAUCAUAAUGUUUUCUGACCACAGUAAUAUUGAGGUGAAAGUCUGAUGUAGUAAUAGCCGCCGUUAAACAUAGAGCAAAUACGAAUAAAUUUUACUCAGUAGAGGUAACGGUGAGAGACUGAGAAGGCUGAGGAUUCUCCACCUGAGCACCAUAGCCAUAUCUCAUGCCUGUGUUUGAGGGUUUUUAUAAUGAUAAAUGAUAUCUUUGUAAAUGUUUCCUAUGCUUACUAGACACUAACCAUAUGAUCCAAGACCAAUGUUAAGCUAUAUAGCUUAAAAUGUUUUACUCCAAAUGAACAUUUCAGGUGAACUUGCCUGUGCUUAGCUGCCAUUUUGAUUCAUUGUUUCAUUUUUUAAAUUUUCUCUAUUGUUUUGGAGGUACAAUUCUGUGAAUCUAUAGCAUAUGAGUCUAAAAAAUAUAGAUAAUGUCAUCUAGACAACCAUUAAAUAGAAAUAUGUUCACUCAUGUAUUUAUAGGUGUGCUCAUGCAAUGUGAAACACGUUUUGAAAUUUUUAAAGAGUAGUUUGAGUUAUAUCUAUUUUUAAAACAAAGUACUUGAGUACAAGGAAUAAUUUAACUGAGCAACUUUCACUUAUAAUGGAACAGUAUUUGAUGAAGCGUGACUAAACUUUAACUCGAACUGACACCUCAUUUGUUUAAUGCACUUACUAUUGACAAGUGUCUCAUACAACUCCAUUUUAAAAAUCCAGGACUAUCCCUUUAACUCCAUUUUUUCACACUUCAGCAAACCCAGGGUGCAAAGCAGUGAGAGUCAAACAAGAAGAGGAGGAAAGCGAGUCUGCAGAGAAAUGAGGAUGGGUUGCUGGAGUGCUGGGAAAUCAUUUCUUUGCAAGAAUACAUUGAUAGAACAACAUAUUGAAAUGAUAAUCACAUUAUUAUGAUUUAGGUGGAUUCUAGGCCAGGUUGAAUGUGCUCAUUCACACUUGCAAAAUGAGCAUCUGUUUUCUUCAGACUGGCUCUAAAAAUAGAAACAGGAUAAUAGAAAUGAUGGGAUACAGCCAUUUGAACCCCCAUUGUUGCAAUACAUAAGCUGUGUAAUGUGAUUAUUAACGCGUUGUAGUGUAAUAAAUGUUUAUUCUUUGUGCAGAGGAUCCAUAACCUGACUCUCCCACGCUGGGCCACCCAAGACGUUCUGGACACCCUGAAGCGAGUGGCAUCGUUCGAGGUCAUGUACAGCAUCCUCAGUCACAAGCGCAAGGAAAAGGCCCGGCUCUCAGGAGGUGAGGAUUCACAUUAGAAGCAAUUAAUUUAAAAGCAGUUCUGUGAGAAAAAUAUCAGAAGGAAAAAAAAAAGAGCAGAGUAUCUAAUGUUGUGACUGCUGGCCGAGGUUUUGUUUAUGCAGGGUCAAGUUUCUCAAAAGCAUAUUAGCACAUAUGAGCUAAUGGGACUAAGAUGAUUAUGGCGCUAAGACAAGACGCUCAGUAAGGUCAGAGGGGUUGUGUUGGUGUAAGGAAAUUUCAUUUGCACUGUUGACACUGAUGUGUUAAUUUACCAGGGGUGCUACUGAACGCCAUCCUGAGGAAUUUCUCUAGAGCUGUGGAGCAAGGGAGCCCUCUGAAAUUCAUAAUGUACUCAGCUGUGAGUUCAAAACGUUUAAAAUUCCAUCACACAAACUGCUGCUCUACAUCUCCUCGCCUGCUUACUUGUUAGCGCUGGGAUGUUUGUUUCUUGUUUCAGCAUGACUCUACACUCAUCACCCUCCAGGCGGCUCUGGACGUGUACAACGGCCUCCUUCCUCCGUACGCCGCCUGUCAGCUCUUUGAGUUCUACCAGGAGUAUGAUGGGUAAUGACGUCCUGCCAUCUUCACGUCAUACGCUCUUCAUAUUAAAUGACACUUAUCUAGGUCAGAGGGCCAUAUCACAGCUCGGUUUUAAAUACUGCAGUUAACAGUUUAGCCACGCCAAAAUUUUCAAGUUUGACUUUCACUUCAAAAAGAACCAGACAAUUAUUUAGGAGCAAAACAUUUCAAUCAGCACGAUACAUUUAGGCAAUACGACACAAGGAUAAAUGCUGUGACACUGUGCAUCAGUUCAUCUGAGUUCAUCAGUUCAAAGACAUUUCACAUAGGCAUGAAACUCACCAGCUUAUAUUUACAGCUGUCUUGAUAUUCAGUAUGACCUUUACUGUGAUACUGCUGUUAUUCACCAUCUUUACCUGCAGGAUAUGCUGGUUAAAGAGUUAGUUUUUUCUAUUUUUUGAAAAUAAAUGUGAAGUUAAAAUGUUGGACGAUUGUAAAUUGAAUGUGUGUUGGAGUGAUCCCCAAUGGGACUACAGAGAGCUCUGAAUGGCUUGUUCAGAAAGUCCCACAUAAAUUCAGCAAGAACAAUACAAAAUUUGCUCAAACUGAUAGUGAAUCUCCUCAAAAAGGGCAAAUAUGUCAUUUCAUAAAAAGAAACACAACAUUGUUGCAUGGCAACAGUGAGGGAGGCUUCCAGAAUGCUGGGUUCUGAGAUGCUGGGGAAGCCUUAAUGGGACAGUGGCUUAAAUGAAACAUCUCAGACAGAGGCUAAAAUAUGGGGUUUCAAAGAUGUCAAGUUUGAUGUCAAGUUGAACUCAGGGCACCAACAGCCUUAGCAGUCCAGGUACGCCCCACAUAUGCAAGUGGCCUGGGUUCAAUUCCACCCUGUGGCCCCUUCCCUGUCAUGUCAAUUUCCACUCUUCCUUGUUUCCUGUUCUGUCCACUGUCCUCUAUCAAUAAAGGUCAAAAAGGGCCCAUAGUAAAUCUUAUGUGAUGUAACUCUGCAAACAUAAAUAGUUCCAAAACUUGAUUGAAACUUAACUUUGGACCUAAUUUGACUCAUGUCUUCCUCAUAUUAUGUACAGAUAUAUUUUAAUCACACAAGUAAAAUAUGAGACAUGUCUUAAAUUAAAUUUGAAAAAAAAUGCUUUUUUUUAUAACACUUAUUAGCUGCAGAGUGAUGCAGAGCAUUAAGAGACCAGUGCUGUUGUACACAUUAUAAACACUUACGUAAAGCCUUUUAGCCAAUCAAAUUGCUCAAUACUCAAACUAACUUUGUUCAUGUCUUCUGUUACCCUCUAAUAACACAGGUCUUAUUCUCUGGAGCUACAUUACCGCAAUGACUCCUGGCGUGACCCUUACCCAAACCCAAUCCCAGGAUGCAAUGGGUUAAACCCAUGCCAUGUGUCUCUGUUUAAUGAGCUGGUGCAGGACGUUUUGACUGAAGACUGGGAGGCUGAGUGUGGGUUUAGGAGGAGAUGGUCUGGCACAGGUGAGGUAUUCAGUAGAUUUUCUCCCGCAUCUAUGUGCACAUAAAUGUCUUCAUCGCUGUGGCUUCAGAGUAAUGUGUUUAGGUGUAUUCACUUUCUAGAAGCGUGUGGGAACACUCUGCACAGACUGUCUGAUUUAAAAAUAUCAUAGCUUUUGGAAAGCUUCCAAAUGUUCCACAUUCACGUGUACCUAAACAGGAUCAUUGUCCCCCUGCAGGUUUUGUUACAGCUCUAGCAGUGGCCGUGGGUCUCCUGGCAGUGGCGCUGUUGUUCAGUAUAGGAGUGGCAAUCCGCAGGAGGAGAGCACAUUACUCCAGGGAGGUGUAGAGCUGACCGCUGUCAUAUAUGUGCCAGAAUACAGAAAGUGUCCUCUCAGCUGUAGAAACAGCCUCUUAUUAAUAAAGUGCCUUGUAUUUUUAUAUUUUGGUACAAACAAGGAGAUUAUACUGGAUGUACAUGACAAUAAAAGGAGGGUAUUUUGAUAUAGAAAUAAAACAUAACAAGAGACCAUCUUUUCUUGAGCAGGCAAGGCAAAUUUUAUUGAAUUAACUCAUGACAGUGUGUGCUCUACAUACUGGCAUUCACUGUUUGGUUCACAUCAUUUCACAUUCGUUGCUGUUUGGUUUCUCACUGCUUGUCUGGGUCUGUAGGAACUGUGGGAGAAAAAGGAGAGAUGAUGAUUUUGAGGCCAAAUGCAAUAGCAGCAAAUGUGUUAUGACAUAAUUAGGUAAAAAUAAGUCAUCUAUUUUAUAUGGCCAUAUAUAAAUAAUUCAGCUCUGUGCAUCAUUUAGACAUGCAAGUUUCAGUAAACCCCAAAUUAUUGUCUGUAGGCAAAUGACCGAUCACUCCUCUGCCACCCGUGUUCCGCACUGCUUACUUCUAAUCUCCAGCUUGCACUCCACCUCGUCCUGGCCCAGCUCAUUGACGGCUAAGCAGGAGUAUUUGCCUCCAUCGAAGGUACUAGGCUUGCGAAUGUUGAGAGUGAGCACUCCCUGGUUGUUCUGCAUCAAGUAUUUAGGAUCCCCUCCGAUGAUCAUCUUGUUCUUCAUCCAGAUAAUUUUUGGCUGUAAAAGUUUGAAAAGUGAUGCAAUUAAACUAAUUCUGACAAAGUUGUGUAUACAUGCACACUGCUAACUCCAGACAUAAAUUUCCCUAUGACCAGCUGUACUAUCAACCCCUUCCACUGAAUCAUGAUCCGACUUCAACAUGCAUGUUUACCCUAGGGAAGCCCUUGACAGAGCAGCUGAUG